AUGGUUAGGUUCGCCUCGUCCCGUGAAGUGUCGCCCGUCCCCUGUCCUCGCCGUCCCGGUCCCACCUUCCUUUCCACGGGAAUCUUUGUCGCUACCGCCCACCAACGGGGCACGUUUGGCUACGGGGUGUACAUCGAGGACCUGCCGUGCAUUCCCAACCAAGGCCAGCGGGUGCUGGACGUCGCCGGCGUCCCCUGCGGCUCCCACCAAGUAUACGCCCUGCUCUUAGGCAUCGACAGCGCCCUCGACUACAUGAUGUCGGCGCGGUGCCGCUACACUAUCUACGUCGACAACCAGGACGUGCUCGACACCUUGCGCCGCCACUGGCACCAGCCCAACCACAGCACCCGGGUCGACGUCGUGCUCAACGACAUCGCCGACAAGAUCGCCAAGAUCGAGCGCAAGGGCACCUAUCGCGACGCGGGCGUCGAGAUUAAGCAGGCGCUGGCGAAGCUGCUGGCACUCCUGCUCGCACAUACUAAGGCGCUGCGGUCGUUGGAAAGGCGGCCACCGAUAGCCACAAAAACCCCCGUGUCGUGGACGGAGAGCUGGGGUGUGCGUCGACCCAUGGCUCGUCUUGGUUAA